AUUACCUCUGUUGGUAAGAAGAAGAAACGGUGCAACAUUUAGUACAACACUUUCUUUUCUAUAAUAUUUGUGGUGCAUGCGUGGUCAAAUUGAUAAAAUUUAUUUAUUGAAAUAAUCAUAGAUAAAUUUAACACAAUAACUGUUAAAAAUUACAUAGCUUUGUUAAAUGUCCGAUCCAGUGGUGGAAACCGUUGCUGAUGCCGUUAAAGAUGCGGUGGAAAAUGCAACCAGUGAAACUAUAACAAAUGAAAAAAUCCCAGCCACACCAGAGGGCAUUGUAGUUGCAUAUGGAAGUUUAGUGGUAAUGGCGAUGCUACCAAUUGUAUUUGGUUCAAUUCGUUCUGUUAAAUUGCACAAACUCAAAAAGGUGAGUGGGGAAAAGGCCGAAACAAUGACCAAAAAAGAUGCGAUGUUCUUCCCUAUAAUAGCCUCAGCCGCUCUCUUUGGACUUUACAUGUUCUUCAAAAUUUUCUCUAAAGACCAUAUCAACCUCCUCCUCACUGGUUAUUUCUUUUGCUUGGGUGUUAUCGCAUUAGCACAUCUUCUUAGUCCAAUUGUCAAUUCACUGAUGCCUACGGCUGUACCGAAAAUACCUUUUCAUAUGCAUUUUACCAAAGGGGAAGGAAAACACAAAGAGGAUAUUAUAAAUUAUAAAUUUUCAACGCAUGAUAUCAUAUGUUUGGGCAUUUCGUCAGGGAUCGGUGUAUGGUAUUUAUAUAAAAAACAUUGGAUUGCCAAUAACAUGUUCGGACUAGCUUUUGCUGUGAACGGAGUGGAACUACUCCAUCUUAAUAACAUUGUCACAGGAUGUAUACUUUUAAGUGGUUUGUUUUUCUACGACAUUUUCUGGGUAUUUGGAACAAACGUAAUGGUUACAGUAGCCAAAAGUUUCGAAGCGCCAAUUAAAUUGGUUUUCCCACAAGAUUUACCCACAAACGGUCUAAGUGGAACCAAUUUUGCGAUGUUAGGAUUGGGUGAUAUAGUAAUUCCAGGUAUUUUCAUAGCGCUACUAUUACGCUUCGAUCAUAGUUCCAAGCGAAAAAGUCGCAUUUACUUCUAUUCAACUUUGGUGGCGUAUUUUCUUGGACUUAUGGCGACUAUUUUUGUAAUGCAUGUAUUCAAACAUGCGCAGCCGGCACUACUGUAUCUUGUUCCCGCAUGCAUGGGUACUCCAUUGUUAGUGGCGUUGGUGCGAGGCGAACUGAAAAGUCUUUUUGCUUAUGAAGAUCAUCCCGAGGAAAAAUCUGAGAAGAAAGAGAAUAAAGAAACAUCUGCUAGUAGCAGUGGAGCAAAUAAAAAGAAAGAAUCAAAGAAAGCCAAAUGAAAUUCCUUUGGUUGUAAUUCGUAAUACAUAUAAAAUUAUAAAACGAAAUAUUUAUGGAUCGUAUUUAAGAAAAAUGUUUUUUUAUGAGUUUAUAUUCUAUUAACUCGCAUUUGAGUUCUGUAAUCGGUCCAAACCAAAGUUAGUUCAGAAAUAUAUUUGUAGACAUAUACAUUUAUUUUAAAGAAUGCAAAAGACUUAUUACAAGCAUUCAAUUGGCUUACAAUUCCGAAUAUUUAUCUUAUAUUUUUAUCAAAUUUAGAUAUUUAAUGAGUACUAAAAUUAAUUUUUGUUUUGGUUUUUUUGUAUAAGCUUUAUAAGUAAUAAUGAAGGCUAAACUAUGCGGAUAGGAAUUCGGCGCACAAGAAUGUACAUAUUUAAAAAUUGUGUAUGCAAAUUGAUUUGAAA